GUAUACGAUAUCUCCGUGGCCACGUUCGACAUCGCAUCUGCAGACAUUAGCCAGGACAUGACGGUGACGGUCACCUUGGCUCUCAGCCCGCGAGCGGGCGAUUGGAGUGAGGAGAUCCGCAGCAUUACGAAACUCUACCUCGACGAGGGCGUGAGCUACGACCUUGCGGGCGUGAGCAGCGGCAUGGGGCUCGAGCUGUCCACGAAGCGGGCGCAGUUGGUUGAGUACUGGUACCACAUGGAUUUCUCCUUCUUGCGGGCCGCUGGCAAGGACAAGGGAAAGAGGAGGCCGCCAUCGUUGUACGCGGAGUUGGUGCGCCGCAUGAUGGACUGCGAUCUGAUUGAGUGGACAUUGUUUGAGGAGGUGUCGUGCGGGCUUUUCUUCGUCAUUAAGAAGUCAACGAAGUACCGGCUGAUCGUGGGCGGCCGAUUACCUUCGUGUCAUUUUCGAGAUAGCGAUCCAGUUCCCCUGGCGUCUGGAGCUGCCUUUUCGGCUAUCGAAGUAGACGGCGGCUCUCCCAUCCAGGUCGGCUCGGUCGAUAUCGUCAAUGCGUUCUACAGCGUGCAGCUGCCCGGACCUCUCAGGGCUCCGUUGAUCCUCGAGGGCCGCGUCGUGGUCCUGGCCCACCUCCACAAGAUGCGCUCCCUGUCUAAUUUCGGGAGGCGCCGCCUCUUCCUGGGUGGCGCGAUGGCUAGCGUCCUAGCCAUCUCUACGGGUCGAUCGUCUUCGAAGUUGAUGCGGAUAUUCAAACAUAUCGCCGGCCUGAACUUGGCCUUCGGCAUGUUGUCCUGUUGGCGCUGGCUCUCUGCAGAGCGCAAUCCCGCAGGCCGCGGCUCAAGGCGGAAGGCUAGCGAUUGCGCCGAGGUCGGUCCCGCCCCGGGCUACUGCGCCGCGCAGACUGCGCUCCUGCUGGCGCCGCAGGCGACGCCUCGGAUAGCGCGCUGCAGGCGCCAGAUCGCCGCCCGCUCGAUGCACGGGGCCUACCGCCUCGCGCAGUCGAAGGAGGUCCACCUCGUCGACCAGUCCCUCGCAGGGCCCGCGAGCUCCGCGGGCUUGCUCCUGCUGACUGCGUGGAAGCACUUCCGGCGCGGCCUGCCGGCCUA